AUGUUUGCAGCACUACCAAAGCCAAAAUACACUGGUGAAGAGGAGGAGCAAAGACAGUCCGUGGGUCCUCGAAUCAUUGGCGCCGACCAGGCAGCAUCACAACAACUGCAAAUCGCCAAGCGCAGCGGUAUCCCUCCCUACGGCCAACGCAACAACUGGCGUCCUCGCGGGAACGAAGACUUUGGAGAUGGAGGUGCCUACCCAGAAGUUGCGGUUGCUCAGUACCCUCUGGAUAUGGGUAGAAAGCAUGCUUCGUCGUCGAAUGCUCUGACUUUGAGUGUCAAUGCUGAGGGUCAGGUUGAUUAUACUGCUAUUGCUAAGCGUGGUCAUGCUGAGAACAGAAUCGUGCAUGCUUCGUUCAAGGAUCUGAUUCCGCUUAGACAUCAAGCAAAUGCUGGCGAAAUCUCACUUGCGCGUCCGGAUGAAGAGACGGUGGCAGAGACGAAACGAAAGACAGAGGCAGCACUGGCAACUCUGGUCGCUGGCGCGAGUGCAGCACAGCGUCCCAAGAAUGUCAAGGGUGUGGAAAAGAGAGAAGCAUCAUACGUCCGCUACACACCAGCCAACCAAAUGGGACAAGACAACUCCAAGAAAGGCGACCGUAUCAUGAAAAUCAUGUCCCGCCAGAUCGACCCUAUGGAACCUCCCAAGUUCAAAGCAAAGAAGAUUCCCGGAAGACCCCCAUCACCUCCUCCGCCAGUCAUGCACUCUCCACCUCGUAAACUCACCGCCGAAGACCAAGAAGCCUGGCGCAUUCCUCCCACAGUGUCAAACUGGAAGAACCCCAAGGGUUACACAGUACCUCUUGACAAGAGAUUGGCAGCAGACGGUAGAGGUCUCCAAGACGUAACCAUCAACGACAAAUUCGCCUCCUUUGCCGAAGCCCUUCAAACCGCCGACCGUCACGCCCGCGAAGAAGUGAAGUCCAGAGCACUAAUGCAACAACGCCUCGCCGAGAAGGAAAAAGAACAAAAAGAGGAAAACCUACGUUUACUCGCUCAGAAAGCUCGCGAAGAGAAAGCUGCUGCUGCUACAAGAAAACUUUCUACUCGUGAUGAUUCUCGCAGUAGAAGCAGAAGCAGAAGUGUUGACAGUUACUCCUCACGCUCACGCUCCCGCACCCCUUCAGAGGAUGAAACCGAACACGACCGCCGCGAACGCGAACGCCUACGCGCCGAACGCCGCCGCGACGCCCAAAGAGAAAUGCGCCAAAAGAACAUGGGCCACGAGCGCCGCAUGCAAGCCCUCGCACGCGCCCAAAACCGCGACAUCAGUGAAAAAGUCGCACUCGGACUUGCAAAACCCACUCAGAGCAAAGAAACAAUGUACGACUCGCGCCUCUUCAACCAAUCGUCAGGGUUUGCAGCUGGAUUCAACGAAGACAAUGCAUACGACAAACCUCUUUUCGCCGAUCGCGAAGCUUUAAAUUCAAUCUAUCGUCCACAAUUAGAUGCAGACGAUGGCGAUGAUGGAGGAGAAACGUUGGAAGCCAUUCAGAAGACUUCAAGAUUUGAGACUUUGGGGAGAGCGCCCAAGGAAGGCAUGAAGAGUGCUAGAACUGCUGAGCAGAGAGAGGGACCAGUCAUGUUUGAACGCGACAACGGCGAUCCGUUUGGUGUGGAGCAGAUGAUUGCGGAUGCGCAGAGUAAGAAGGGUGGGGAUGCGGGAGGAAGUGGGCAGGGUGUCAAGAGAUAUGGACUCAAUGAAGGUGGAGAUCAGGAUGAGCGUGGGAGUAAGAGGGCUAGGAUUGAUGAUGAUGAUGACGAGUAG